CCGUGUUUUUGUGCCAGUGACUACUUUUGCCCGGGUCUCCCGUUUCUUCCGAGUCUGGUUACGACUUCUUGUUCUUCUACACGACACUCCUUCUCAGUCUCUUUCAUAGAGCUGGUGCGAGUACGUGUACUCACUGCGCUGUUUUUGUACACAAGUAAGUGUUGUUAUUACGAUAAUAUUGCGUAUAAUCCUGUAUUCUAUCUUACUCUGAGGUGCAUGCCUUACAUCGACACCCCGUUCGGUGUAUUUGUACUGGCCCCUGCUGCGAAGUUCAAUUUCUGGAGUUGGGGCCGCCACAGUUACUCAUUUUGUUUUCAAUCUGUUUAUUUGGAGGUGCUAGUACACGACACUCCUUCGUGCCUGGGUGUACCCACCGACCCCGACGCACUUUGCUGCGAGUUCGUGCCGCACCCUGGUCCUGUAUCUCCCGAAUCGCGAACCUCUUCCUUCUACGUCUUUGCCGUCGUUGGCGAUACCUGUUCCAACUCCGUCUACUCUCGCCCUGCUGCAACUGAGUCCUCGUUGAUAAGAAAACGCCUGACAGUUCUUUCCUCCGAAAUCGUCUACUCUCGCCCUCUAGCUGCAAGUGAA